CCGUCGGUCUGGGAUAUAGUUGAGAUGUUGCUGCCAUGAAUUGGACUGGUGAGCAUCGCGCUUUCAUUGUGGAAACGUUUAUCAAAACAAACGAUUCUGUAACUGCAACACAAAGAGCGUUCCGUUUGCACUUCAAUCUUGGUAGACAUGAUCCCGUACCAGCUCGAAACACGAUCUUGUUAUGGGUUACCAACUUCAGAGCUACUGGAUCUGCAUUGAAACGAAAAUCAACCGGCCGACCUCGCACCGCCAGAACUCCAGAAAAUGUGGCAGCGGUAAGAGCUUCAGUUCAACAGUCUCCACGCCGUUCCACAUUUAAACGCGCCCAGGCUCUUAGACUUUCCGAAAGAAGUUUGCGAAGAAUUCUUCACAAUGAUCUUCAAAUGCAUCCAUACAAAAUGAUGUUGGCACAAGAACUCAGCGAAAGAGACACUGAAACUCGCAGAGCAUUGUGUUUGGAAAUUCAACAACGUGUCCCCCAUGCAGCAGUUGUGUUGUGCAGUGACGAGGCACAUUUUCACCUGUGUGGCACAGUGAAUAAGCAAAACUUCAGAUACUGGGCCGAGAACAACCCUCGUGAGUUGCAUGAAUUGAAUUGAAUAUGCUCCACGAUAUGGACAAUGUUUGGUUUCAACAGGAUGGGGCAACAGCCCACACUUCUCGACGUGCGAUGGGGAUUUUGAGGAAUAUGUUCCCUGGUCAUUUGAUCUCAUUGCGUGCUGACAUCGGUUGACCCGCCGUUUACCUGAUUUAAAUCCGUGCGAUUUUUUUCUCUGGGGAUACCUCAAGUCAAAGGUAUACAUUAAUCGCACUCGAUCUAUUGAACAACUUAAAGAUGCAAUUCGUCAAGAAUUUACUGCCAUUCCACAUGAAAUGACC